UAUUACUUCAUAGUGGGUAUGCGCCAUCAGUAGAGAAAAAUCGAACCCAACCGAUCGAACUCCGAACCGGUCGCGUCGUUCCGGCCAUGACUGCAUACAGCCUGGAGGUGCCCAGCGAGUACGGCUACGUGGUGCUCGUCGGGGUGGGCUCCACCCUGGUCAACGCGUGGCUCUCCUUCCGCGUCGGAAGGGCGCGAAAGAAGUACGACGUCAAGUACCCGGCCAUGUACUCGGACACCAGCAUCGUCUUCAACUGCAUCCAAAGAUCCCACCAAAACUUCCUCGAGGGCUACCCUCAGUUCUUGAUGACGCUGUUCCUCGCUGGAUUAGAGUUUCCGAAAGUCGCUGCUGGUGCGGGACUUGUCUACCUGGCCGGCAGGAUUGUCUACGCCAUCGGGUACUCUACGGGAAACCCGUCCAAGCGGAUGCGUGGCGGCUUCCAGUACUUCGGCGUGCUUACCUUGCUCUUACUCACUGUGCGUCAGGGUCUGCGCAUGCUGGAUUACAUCUAAGCCGCCGUUGUUCACCCCCGCAGCGAGUUGGUCAAAGAAGCCGGAGCUCAAACACUGCGGUCACAGCGUCUGUGGAACUGACGUGUCCGCAUCCAAAGACUAUGUGCUUGUCGCCCAUUAUUAAGGACAUUAUCGUGAAACCUUCUGUUGAACUGACGGGAGGCGAAUGCGCGGGAGUGCGGCUGAUUGUGAGCAAAGAGUUUGUCAGUUUGUGUAGUGACAAAAACUUAAUCGAAGGAAGAGGCGAAAAAACUAAAGGGGUGACCGCGAGGGUAAGGGGUGCUUGAGCUGAGAUUCCAGUAGACUUUUUUGUUCAAUAAAUUGGUUUUCCAGAA